AUGACAGCUGCAAGCAAAGAAUCUCCUCUCGAAUUCGAGGUUAUCCCAGAGGUCGGAUUGAGCAAUACGAAUAUAGAAUUCACCUUAGGAAUGCCAAUCAACCAGGUGAUAAGCAUGCUUCUGAAAACAAGAAAGAUUCAAGAUAUUAAGUUUUAUUACUCCAGAAAGGAGCCUUUCUCUAAAGAAAUAUGCCUGAUCUUAGACUCAAACGGAAUUAAUCUUUACUUUGACCCUUUAUCACAGUUUUUACGCUCCAUUGUUGUGAACGAUUUUAGCAAAAUUAUACUAACCUACAAACAAAAGCCAUUCUCCCAGCCAAAUGCUGAAGUUACCUUAGAUAAAUUAGAUCAAUGCUUUGGCUCCACUGUGCCUGGAGUCUAUGACCAACAACGAAAGCAGUAUAUGCAGUUCUGGCCUGGCCUUUCAUUUGUCUUUCCUAAUAAUGUGGGGAUGCAUGUUGCCCCCGGUUUCGGUUCCCAGCUCUCUUCACUUCAAUACGCUGCACAACCAAAACUUGUCAGUAUGUCAAUAUUCAAAGGUAGCUCCCCCAACGAUAUAGAAAAUGUUGAAAUGCCACUCUCCUCUUAUUGUGGUCAAAACAAACUAGAUAGCAUUGAAUGCGAUUUAAACAAAUUGGAAGAUGGUUUCUUGAUCAAGUAUACUACACAAGAAAUACAUAGCUUGGGACAAUCCGGAUGCUCUUUAGUUCCAUUGUCGAAAACUAUUAAUUUUGGAGAUACCGUGGCUACGGUUUUAUCAUCAUUAGGAGCUCCAUCUAAAGUGUUUUAUAAAAGCGAAGAUAAAAUGUCGAUACAUCGACUUGAAGGGAACAAGGAAACAUGCAAAGGACAUCUACCUCACUUCUACUUCAACUACUUCUCGAUGGGAAUGGUGCGUUUUCUUUUAGCCAUUUCUAAAGGUUUAAUGGUGGACUUCAUAUCUGUUUAUUACGGACUUAAUUAUUGCUUGAGCGUAAAUAGGCGUCAUAAUCUCUCGUCGUACAGACGUUUUUGUUUUUAUUAG